GGAGGGGGUUUGUCGCUUCUUAAGCGUGACAACGGCGAAACACUUGGAAUCAGGAUGAAAGGUCGGUCGUCAUCCCCGCUCCACGUACAUGUAGAUGACCUCACACCUGUGCACGUGCACGUGAAAAGGAGUCGAUCUUUUCCUUCUUCUGUCGAGCAGGUGCCAUCGGUUGCUAAGGGCGUGUCUGAUCUUACGGGUCGUGGAGGCCGGGAGAAACAGGCGUCAGAGGGUCCGGUCCACACAUCGCAGAUCGGCAAGGAGGAGAAGGCGUUGAGGAAGUCCAGCAUAACCCCGACACAAGCGGACAGAAUCUGCUCACUAAUCCACUCCAGCGACGUUGACGUUGACCAUGGUGAUGCGCGCGCAGAAAAGACCGGUGAACCUUGGGAUCACAUCAGUGACAUUGGCUUUGAGUCCCCACAGGGAGAGUCUUCCCUUGAGGAUCACUCGCUGGAAGUCGCCGGCUCUAGGGCGACCCGAGACGACUGCGCUCUGCUCCCUGGUGGUCAGCAAUACCGCAUCGUAAACAGGCUGCAGUUGAGCUCCUACCUGAAGCCUUCUGACCUUGAGCAGAGCAGUUAUGAUGAGACCGUGGGGAAGAAACGUCUUUUGAAAACCCUGAUCGAAGCUGAAACGGCUGCAAACUCUGCAGCAAUACAGCUUGUGUCUUUUAAAGACAUUUUGACACAUGAUGAUUCGAGACUCCCGGCGUGCAGUCGACGAUUGUCGAGACAGAAAAAUCUUUUGCUGGAAAAGCUUGAAGUUUUUAAAAGCAUCAAUAAAUCAGUUCGUCAGCAGCUGAAGGAGAUGCACAGUUAUGAGGCACAUCGGCUUGAAAAUGAGCAAGAUAUUGAUAUUUUACUGAGGAAGGUGACACAGACCGAAGCAGAGAAUUUGCAUUUAAAACGGAGCCUAAGUGAGAAAGAAAGAAGAGUUGAAGAACUGAUGCAUUUGCGGAGAAAAGAGAUGGAGAACGUGGAGUCGGUGGUGCAGCUCUCAAAGUCCGUGGAGGUGACUCGAGCGCAUCUGCAGGGACAGCUCCGGAACAAGGAGGCUGAGAACAACAGGUUGACCGUUCAGCUGCGGAGUUUGGAGAGAACUUUGACGGAGGCGAAACUCGAGAUCGAAAGCCUGAAACAGCAGAUGUUGACGCUGUCGGAGAAAUCCGCCCAGGAGAAGGAAGCCCUCAAGAAAGCGACGCGGGCUCAGAAGCAGCGGGCGGAGCGGUUCGAGGCCGCCAUCGAAAAGUGCUACAGUCAGCUGAAAGAGAAGGACGUGCGACUUGCUGAGGCCUCCUCUCAGGCCAGCUGCUGGAAGACGCAGCACGAACAGGCGCUUGAAGAGAAGACCCACGUGGAGGCCCACGUCGCCAUCCUCAGAAGCCAAGUUGCAGAUAUGACUUUGCAGCUGCAGAGAGAAAGAGACGCUGCCAGGGCAUCAUGUGAGGACCUUUUGGAGAGAGUGGAGAAGCUCAACGCUGACAGAGGCGAGAUGAGCCUUGAAAAUGCAGCUCUGAAGGCCACCAUAGCUGACCUGGAGGAGAAAGUGACCCAGUCUCAGGUUGACCUGGAAAAGGAGUCUACGAACUCCCAGAAACAGAAAGAGCUAGCUGAGCAGUACCAGAACGAGAUCACUGGUCUUCAGAAAGAGGUUGAGGAACUGAGAUCAAGGUUCGAGAGCCUGCAGAAAGAAAAUGAGCUUUUCCGAGAAGGAAAGGAGGCAGAGCUGGAAAAGGUGAAAGAGGAGCUGGAGGCUCGCGUGAAGGAGCUGGAGAUGUACCCUGAUCUACUGAGUGCGGCCGAGCAGAAGCUGCAGGACUGCCAGGAGAACCUGCUGCGCUCCGAGAGGAGCAUCUCAAGCAAGUCUGAGUCCCUCCGGCAGCUACAGCUUAAGGUUGACAAGCAUGCUGACCAGCUGACGUCUUCUCUGGACAUGAAGGGCUCGAUCGAUGAGGCGAAUGUGCAGCUGCAGCUCAAAGUGGAAUCCCUUCAGAGGAAAAUGGAGGAGAUUCAGUUGGAAAACAAGGAGCUGGUUCACAAGCUGGCCAGCCAGGAGGAGGCGCUCCAGUACAGCAGCAGCCAACUAGAGCAGCGCUCAGCAGAGUGCCUCUCCCUGACCCGGCAGUUGGAGGCCGCCCUGGCAGACGUCAGACAGCAGGUGUCCAAGGUGAAAGAGAAGGCGAGCACCAAAGAGAGGUCCUUUCAGACUAAAAUCCUGGAGCUGGAGACUGAGCGGAGUAGACUGGAGAAUGAGCUGAAGCAGCUCAAGCAAAAUAAACAAGCGGCUGAGAAGCAUUAUGAAAUUCGCUUGAAAGAUUUGCAACUAAGUUUGAAUCAAUCCGAGAGUCAUAAGCAGAGCAUUCAGAACUAUGUGGAUUUUCUCAAGAAUUCCUAUGCGACCAUGUUUGAAGAUGGAUUUCCAACAAAUUUCGAAAGGACUUCUUAUCUGAAGUGCUGUACUUUAGCUGAUUGUUGCUUCAUUACUCAGAUGUGGGAAAAGACAUGUGAGAGCGAGCUGGAAUGAAAACUGGACAGCAGUGUUUCAAAGAGUGAUUCACAUAGGUGUGUGCAGGAGCCGCAUCCAUACAGCUGAACAAUCUCCCCCCCAGUGUUUUUCCCCCACAUGCUAUUAAAAAUGUGCCACACUCUCAAAAAGAUGUAACAUUUUCAUUCUGAUUAUUAAUAAUAAU